AUGGAGAGAGAUCCAGAAUCGGAAUUGUUGGCCGAGGACAGUGGUCCCGAAGACGUGCUCAACUUGUUCGGAAGUGAACUCGUUAUCGACACCCAGGGUUUCGCAAUUUGCUUCGUGUUCGCCAGAGGCAAAGCGGCUGGAGGCAGCAUCGAUGAAGAUGACACGGUUGCCGCGCCGGUUGAGAAAGCGAAAGAGAUCUUUGUCCGGAAGAUGAAUGCGGACAGCUGGCAAACACUGGAAGAUGGCUUUGAUGUCUUGCAGAGCGGCGAAAGUGUCACGCAGCUGGUCUACCAGGACCUCGUCAGGAGCAAGUUCGUGGAGCUUUGUCAGAGGACCUCCUUCAAGGUUGACACGUUCGAGAGCAUUGAUGGCGAUGAGGUGUUCAUGCGGGUCGGGCUAGACCGCGGUGGCGUGAUGAUCCAGGAGCUUGCAGAGCGGUACCGCUACCGCAUGCCCUUCACUGAGGAGUCAUACGAAGAUAUGGACGCCUGGGGCAACUGGCCUGGAAAGGAACCAAUGCAGAACAAAUAUGGUCAGACAGUUUGCGGCUUUGCUUCGUACAAGGUGGAGAUGGCUCGAUUCUUCCAGCCAUUUCGACAGGUGGAUGAAAUACGUCUCAUCUUGCUUCGUCUUGACCGGUGGAUCGAUCUCGCAGCAAUGCUGGAGCAGAAGGUGAUGGUCAAAUACUUCCCUUGUUCUGAAGCCCUUCUUCUGUCACACUUGAUGUCACGAUGGGCACGCACCUCGCGAAUGCUUUGCCCACCGACUUUGUCGGGAAGCCAGCAAGUUCGGGAUUACUUUGGUGAGGAGGUUGCUUUCUUCUUCCUGUUUUUCAGCCAUUACAUCAGAUCCGUUAUGGUCUUGGCAUUGGUUGCCAUUGCUGUGCCACUCUCUGCUGCCUUCCUCGAAGAUACGAGGAACCAGCGCUGGGUCCAAAAGGCGUUUUCUUUGACGGUCCUGUUCUGGACGGUCUUGUUUGGCCGUACAUGGGAGAACAUCAGCGAACGCUACAAGCAGUUAUGGGGAAUGAAGGACUAUGAGGAGCAUGACAUAGAGCUUUCAUCGUAUCGCCCGGAAUUGGAGGGAACGAAGGAGCUGAGUUUCCGUUACAUGUGGGGCAACAUGAUCGUCAUCGUCUAUCUGCUGUUCUACAUUGGCUUCGUGUUCACCCUCGAAUGGGGCAUGAAAGGUGACAAUUCUGCCUCUUCUUCGUCCUGGCAAGCGCUGGCCCUGACAAUCCUGAUCCGAGGGCUGUCUUUUGGAUGGGCAAAAAUAGUCCCGCUGAUAGCAAGGCUACAAAACCACAGGACACGAGCAGCCCGUAACUCCUCUUUGGCUUUCAGUCUGUGCACGGUGAAGGUGUUCAUUGCUGUGUUUCCAUUCUUUCGGCUGGCUUUCAUCGCGAAUAUUAGUGAACCCUUAUGCAAACAGAGUGCGGACGAAGUGCUAGCAAGCAUCUGGCCUGCCCACAAGCAUGACAUCCAGACACUGAAGAUGCAGUUGGGAGACAAGCUGUGGUCACCGUACCCAUACUUGUACAACAUCACCCAGGACGGUCGGACGCAAGUCUGCAUCGAAGGUUGCAGGCCCAGAAGUCCAGCGAUGUUUCUCAAAGGUCAAGUACAUGAUGAAACAAGCUGCACCUUCGAGCUGCGGGAGACGUUGUUUCAAUUCUACAUUCUCCAGGGGCUGCUAACUGUCGUGUUCCUCCUGAUUCCUGUGAUUCUCGUCAAAUGUGCUGAAAUGCAAGAGUCUCGCCGGGCAGCAGAGAAGUACGACGAAUCUACUGUGGACUACACGUUGCUACAGUAUCAGGCAAAAUGCUGUGACCUCGCACCUUAUCAGUUUGAUUCCUGGGGAGGUUCGAUUGUGGAGGAUUUCCUGGAGGUGGUCAUCAACUUUGCUUUGCUUUCUAUGUUCAGCGUCUUGGUGCCCAUGAUCGCCAUCCUGGCAGUUCCGGUGAACAUCAUGGUCUUCAGGCUAAUGGCUUUUCGCAUGACCCGCAUCACGUGCCGUCCUGAGCCACAUGGAGCCGAAGGCAUUGGCUUCUGGGAAUCCGGCGUGCGAGGCAUAUCACAGGUUGCAGUGGUGGUGAACAUGGCAUGCAAUGUUUUCUUACGUUGGCCUUUAAGAGAUCUUCCUUUCGGCCAAAAGGCCACCUGGUUCAUAGGUCUGGAGCAUGUUGCGUUGGCAGUCGCAGCCGCCGCGGUCUACAUCCUCCCGCUUCCGUCUGAUGUAGGUGUGAUCGCGAAAUACAACGAAAUGCUGAAAAGCACCCUGACGCCUUAUGCCCACGCCUCCGCAAAUGCACCACAUCAUCCUGAGGAUUAUUCCCGCGUGGAUAUUGGCAUGGACACCGCAGUAUAUAGAUUGACGGUGGACAGACUCGAAGCUGGCUUCCGUGUAGGCAACCGUGGGGGCUGUGUGGCCACUGCCUCCUUGGACUAUAGGGAUCGCAGGUCGUGGUGCCCGCAUUUGAUGUGCUUGCUGGAGCCAGACGAGAUCAACAGUGAUCAACGUGUCAGAUUCGGCUUGGACCUUACUGUGUACAAGUCUGUCCUAGAUUCUGCAAGUGAGGAGGACAUUUACCAGUUUCUAAGCGCGGACGAGACGCAGAUCUGCGAACAAGUUCUCAAGUACGCUGUGCUUGUAACCAGCAGCGAAGUGGCUCACCUGCACAGAUGCCAAGACACGUGGGUUGGCAACAUGGAGACACGACUCGACCGGCUAAUGCGAGCUGCAGAGAUAGCGGACGCUGCGCAGCAGCAGCUUUUGGUGGUGGAGGCCCAGCUGGCAGGCCUUGGAGGUCAGCAGAAGGGGAAAGUGAAGAAGGUGUUAGGACAUUUCGCUUGUGCCUCAAGCCGGUCGCUGGCGUGUGCCGUCCUUGCUGCGUGGCGAGGAUCACUAGAACAAACUAAGGCAGACAAAGCGCUGCGGGAUAUGUACGAGGAGCAGAUAGCCGAUGCAGAGCGGCACCUUCUCAGAAUGAAGGCGAGCUGCAAGGCGUUGGCGAAAGACAAUGUCGAUCACAUGGCAAAGGCCCGUGAGCAAGUUCUGCUUCAGCAGUGGCUGCUGCUCUGGCAGCGUGAGGUGGGUGCAGUGAAGUCCGACAGAGUGGCGCAGGACUCGCACGCUAGCCGGAUGGUUUCCCAAUUGCAAGAUGGCGUUUGGGCGAUGGCCGGGUUUGGACAGUUCCUGUCGUGGCAGGAGCAAGUGCAGCAAGUCCUGGGAAGGUCGCUCAAGAAGUCUUCAAGAAGCAGCGAAGCCGAAAGCUUCACAGCCUGCCGUUUGCUCAGGGUCUAUGCCACGGCCAAGAAGCAGGCGAGCCACACGACUCGCGCUUGCACCCGAGAGUCGUCUGAGGGAUUCUGGAAGCGCGAGUCGGCAUCGCCCAACCACGAGAUCUCUCUCCUUGCAGAGGUGAUGACACGGCAAGCGCGGGAACAACAAGCAGCCCUCCUGGGUAUCGUCCUCAACCUCCUUGGAUUCAGACUAAGUGCCUCGCGGAGACAUAAAUAUUCAUUCUUCCAAGGCGAAACAUGGGCUCUGUGGCUCUGCUUUGUGUCCGAUUGCCGAAAGGAGACUGGAGGGGAGUGGGGUUCUGCGGCCCUGUCAUGCUGGGUGUACUUGUGCGCCGAGCUUGGGCUCCGCUUGGCUUUGGAUGCUUCAUCGCCGUGCCGAAACCAGAACCGACACGCUUUUCCUACAUUUCACUCAGCCUCACUCUGCCCUAACGGAACAUCCCCGCCUUCCCAGCUUGACAUCCCGGAUGCCGCCAUGGCUGCGAGCAUGCUCCGCUCGCUGGAGGGUUUCAGCUGGCAGGCAGGAGCGAGGAGGCUCGCAGAAGUCUUCUGGCUCUUUGACAGCUCUCGCUGUAGGAGCUGGCUGCAGCUUUCCAGCGGGAGGCCACCACAACAUGCAAAGGGCCAAUUGGAAAACGUGGAAAUGAAGUGCAAGAGGCUCAGAGCCGAAGGCAGCUUCCUGGCCCAGGCCGAGCGCUAUGCAGAGGCCUUGCAGCACUGGGAAGAGGCUUUGCUUUUCACUGAAGACAUCUUUGAGCGAGCACCUGUGUUUGAGCAGAUGGCUCAGGUGCUACUCAUCCUGGAUCGGCCAUUCGACGCAAUCAGGACUGCGGAGCAGGCUGUCGAAAGCCGAUCUGCCAUGGGCAUCCAGCGAGCUCUGCGACUGGCAGCUUUGGCAUGGCUGGUGCUACACAUGCAACCAAUGCUACGCAAUGCCUUUGCUGGCAUGGGUUUGCCUUCGCCGCAGGCUCUCACAUCGAGACCUGCAGCUGGCAAAGGCGUGGAGGUUGCAGAUGACUCAGACAUGUUGCGGAAGCUCAAAGCAUGGAAGAAGACGCGGGCAAAAGGCUUUGGGGAGAAGCCAAAGGCCGCCGAGGCCGUGCCUGUGCCUGCACCUCCAGCUCCCGCUCCUCCCGCUCCUCCCGCUCCCGCAGCCGUGAUGCCCAAGGCGCUCGAUGCGGUAUCCGAGCUGCUCACAAGGGCCACAGAGGAUGUGCGGCCGACAGAGUUUACGCCACAGCAGUUAGUCCGAGUAUUCUACGCCUUCUUCAGAGGCUGGCGACAGAAGCAUGGCCUGCCGGAUGAGUUCCAGCUGAGCACGAAGCACCAGGAAAUGGUUGUUCUCAUGAUUCAGAGCACCUUGACCCUCGUCAAUUCCGAACAGGAGUUUUGGCCACGGCUUUGUGCUGAACUUGGAAGUAGUCGUGAUCCAGAAGCUCGAGAGCUUCUUCUCGCCCUUACAGGAGUGCCACUCUGGUAUGCAGGCCACCUGACCUUGGGCCGAGCACUGCUAAACUUUGGCGAGCUCGAGAGGGCGGUGGAGUGCCUACGACGGGGCGCAUCCUUGUUGGAGGAGCAAGUCCAGGAUAAAGGCAACUCAAGCGAUGCCGAGGAGCUUGCCGAAAUUCGCAUAGAGCUUGCUGAAGCCGAGAAGCUCUAUGCAGAGGUGCGAGACCGCACGAAAAGCACUUCGGAGCAGGCCUGGAGUGACAUGGAAACUCGGACACAUUCUGUUGAAAGCCACGAAUGUCUUGGAGCCGUACUUAGAAUAAGCAAGUGCCAAAACUCUUCGCAGAGAUGCAGAAAUGGGGUUCAAUUUCAUUGA